CAGGUUUUUGUAGAGAUGUUGCAGAACAUCAUCAUAUUUGCUUAAAACAACUAUCUGGCACGUUUUUAUUCAUCUUAACACAUUCUCGACGUAGAACUGCAAUUUCAUCAUAACGAGAUAAAGUUUUAAAAAGGUGUUUUAUCUUUUUUUUAAUGACAGUUUAAUCCUCAUUAUUGAAACGACUGUCUGCAUUUUAAAAGCCAUAAUACGACAAAGAACUGUCUCCACAUUUUCCUCGGUUCUUGAAAGUAACCUCUGAAUAGUAACAUUCAGUUGACUUCAGUUUACACCCGUGCGUAAAGUUUACUCAGCAAACGCCCUUGCGUAAGUUUUUGUGUAACCGAAUUGGCGAGGGAUGGGUUAAAUUCUCUUGCUAACAGUUUGACUUUGCGAAAGUAAAUGGGCUGAAUUCGAUAAACGAUCGGGAAGAAGAAUAAAAAGAAGAAGAAAAAAGAGGUCUCGGCCCUCCUUCUCCUUCUCCUCUCUGACUGUCAGUCUUCCUGAGAAGUGGUUUGUUGUUCUGUGUAAGAGCUGGAACUGAGAGCGCGCUUCUGAUUUUCAUCCACUUUCCGCAAAGCAUCUGUGCGCGUGGCUUGGUCCAUAAUUUUUAACUAACCGUGAGGGAUUUGAUAUCUUACAUUUUAUUGCUAUGGCAAAAUGGCCACUAUUAUUUUUAUACUUUUUCCAAGGACUACUACCACCACUAAUCUUUGGGCAGCAGCAGCGCACAGCUGGCCCCUGGAGGCACCGGAUUCAGUGGGAGAACAACGGGCAGGUUUAUAGUCUGAUGAGCACUGGGUCAGAGUUCCACCCUCCGGCUCGGUCCAGAAGCCACUCGAGGGUUUAUGUGAGCAGCAGGAGGGAUGGCACCGGGAGCCAAAUUCCGGGAGCGCACACAAGAUCCACGCUUGUAAGAACUGGACAGUCUCAGUCCAGGUCCUUUAGGACUGAUCAAAGUGUGGAACCGGGACCUUUUGCACGCGGACAACGACAGUAUGUGCCGGUCACCAGAGGAGCUGCACCGCGGCCCGGUGCGCAGAGCCAGCUGCUGCGCGCAGCGAUGCCUGUCUCCAGGCAACCCGCGCAGACGGAUCGCUCCAUCCCGGUUCAUCCCGCAGCCGUGGAAACAGAGCCUGAGGCUCCGGCUCCGUUUCCCGCUCUCGGCGAGGAUGUUUCAAACGAGGCUGUCGGUAAUGGAGAGAACAUGGUCAACGACGACCCUCGAAACCCGUUGAAAAACCACGGGAAUUCUGUUUUAUACAACAUGUACCCCCCAAGAAUGAGGACACCGGCCCGGACGCGCCGUCCGCCAGGCAACGGGUACGGAACAAGAUAUUUCCAAAACGGACUACCGGACCUCGUGCCAGACCCAUAUGCCAUCCAAGCAGGUGCUUACGUCCAGCGCAUGCAGAUGUAUGCACUGCGCUGUGCGGCUGAGGAGAACUGUCUGGCCAGGUCGGCUUAUGGGCCCGCGGUGCGAGACAUCGACUUCAGAGUCCUCCUCCGGUUCCCACAGAAAGUGAAGAACCAAGGCACCACCGACUUCCUCCCUGUGAAGCCCAGAUAUCAGUGGGAUUGGCACAGCUGUCACCAGCACUUCCACAGCAUGGACGCCUUCAGUAACUACGACCUGCUGGACAUCAACACGGGACGGAAAGUGGCAGAAGGACACAAGGCCAGUUUCUGUCUGGAGGACACGGCCUGUGACCAGGGGUUCAGGCGGCGAUACGCCUGCACAUCUCAUACGCAGGGGCUGAGCCCAGGAUGCCACGAUGUGUACGCUGCCAACAUCGACUGUCAGUGGAUCGACAUCACUGAUGUACCUCCGGGAAACUACGUCUUGAAGGUUACCGUGAAUCCCAACUUCCACGUCCUGGAGUCAGACUACAACAACAACGUAGUGAGAUGUGAUAUCACAUACACGGGAACUUAUGUUCAGACACGCAACUGCAGAGUAACAAUGGGUUGAAGUUCGCUUUCUGUGGCGUCUGGAGGAGUUUGGCAGUAAAACAUCUCUGGCUGUACUGUACAAUCACAGCGACACCAAGAAAAAGUGCACUUGGUAACGUUUGUAUUACAGGUCUUAUUGUGAGCUACAUUCCUGCUUUGGAGUCUUAGGUUGCAUUUUAUUUGUGGAAAUAAAUGCAAAGUCAGUUUACAUCAGUUUAGUAAAUGGAACUAGUGAUAUAUAAUUAAAAUUACUUGACUUUUAGAUGUAUUUCUACAAAUGUGCCUUUGCAAAUUUACAUCUUCCCGUUUUUGCCUUAACAGAUACAAGUACUGUUCUUAGAUGCUUUUGAUCCUUGGGUGCUUGAAAUGUGUUUGGUCGUCUUUGUCCUCGUUUUUGUGCACAUUGUUACAGUUUUUAUUUAAAGGAUCAUUUGUUGUUGUCGACAAGUCACAUAAAAAAAGGUCAAAACCAACAGUGUCUUGUGGUUGAGAUUAGGCUGAAUUCUAAUCUGUGUUGUGAAGGUUCACACAUUAGGUGAAGGAAUGAUUGUUUUCAACACCAAACAGGAUAAAACAAUCAGUUGUUGAGAGACCAUAGGUCAACAGGGGGUCCGCGACCCCUAGAGGUCCGCAGAGGUACUGCAGGGGGGUGGAUAAAUCUUUGCUUGAUUAGACAUUUUAUAUAUACAUUUUAUAUAUAUUUGCAAUAUUAGCAGAAGAGAAGCUAACAGUGCAGCUUGCUCCCAUCAACACUGUGUGCUUCUGUUCAGGGUCAGACAUCUCACUAAUGCCGGAGUAUGUGUGCCAUUAUUGGAUGAUGGGUGAUUCACUGUCUCUACUACAUUUAGCUAUGUUUAAAGUUAAAACUUGAAUCUGUCAGUUAGACAUGUUUAUGUUUAUGGGAGUUGCAUGCCCCCUACUGUUGCACACAUUUGAAAUAAACAAUAAUAUUUG